CUGCCGUCACCGACCGACCGCGCCUGCAGCACAGCUUCAGCUUCGCCGGCUUCCCCAGCACUGCUGCCAGCGGGCUGCUGGACAGCCCCACUUCCAUCACCCCGCCGCCCAUGCUGAGUGCUGAUGACCUGCUGGGCUCCCCCACCCUGCCUGACUGCGCCAGCAACCCUUUCACCUUCUCCAGCCAGGAGCUGGUCAGUCUCUUCGCCCCCAGCAUGGGGGUGCAGGUGCCCAGUGGGAGCUCCCCCACCACCUUCUUGUUCAGGCCCAUGUCCGAGUCCCCCAACAUGUUUGACUCGCCGCCCAGUCCUCAGGACUCCCUCUCUGACCAGGAGGGCUAUCUGAGCAGCUCCAGCAGCAGCCACAGCGGCUCAGAUUCCCCUAUCAUGGACACCUCAAGACGUCUUCCCAUCUUCAGCAGACUCUCCAUCUCUGAUGACUAAUCUGGGGUUUCCUUUUGCUCCCCCCCACCUCUAGGAUGAUGUUAAGCUGAACUCCCCCCACCCUGUCCCCAGUAGUCCAAGCUGGAUGUUAACGUGUCCACCUGCCUGCUGUAGAUCCCACUGGCUUAAACCUUAAGUGCCAAAUUACGAUGAAAAGCAAUA